AUGGAAGGUAUAGACGAUUUGAUUUGUGAUGGCAAUAUACAGCAAAAUAUGGUUCCGGGUGCCUCAAACGGUAAACGUCCCGCGACAGAUCAACAGGUCGAACCAUCUUAUAUGAAUACGCAAUUACGGAAAAAGAAAAAAGGUUUCUUGGAUAGUGAAGCAGGGAGGUUGAGUCCAUGGCCAUGGACUAAACCAAUAGUCCCGGUGAUCAAUGUAACGGAUCAAAAAAAUGGAAAUGAUCAUAUGAUGGAAAUCUAUUCUAGUAGUAAGGAUAACGAUGGUAAGGAUAUUAUCGAUAAUUCCACUAUUCUCAACCCUCACUACACAAAUGAACAAAGUAAAUAAUUAUAACCAAAAUUUAACGCGGUUUUAAAAUGUUUAUUUUAAAUUUAUUUUCAUGAAUCAUUUAGCAAAAUGAGGAAAGAGUUGGAUAAGAUAUCGUAUAAUUUAAAAUUUCAAUAAUUAAGACCACCUUAAUCUAUAUGUAUAUACUUAUUUUUAUGAAUUUAUUAGAUCCAACUGCAGAAAAGAUUACAAGUAGUUCAUAUAAUUCAUAAAUUAAUUUAUAUAAUCACAACAAAAUUAAUUUUGUAUUCUUGAUAAGAUUCAGUUGCUUUUACCUUAAAUCAAAAGGCUGUUGUUUAGUGACCAUUGUCCAUACCAUGUAGGUAUAAACUAACAAAAAAUAUUAUGGCUUUUUAUCUGGGAAAAACUUUUCUACCGGCUAUUUUGCUUCAAAUUACAAAGGUAGCACUUUUUCUGAAAGAAAGUUCGACCAGAAAGUAUUUUAAAAUGUUUUUUUUAGUUUUCCCAAUAAACAGAAAACCUCCGAUUAUCAAGCUUUCAUAUUUUUUUUUCCUAGUUUUCCACAUUUGCUGAGAAAACGCUUGAGCAAAUCCAAAAUUGAUCUCUUUAAGGUAUCUCACUAAUGAACUUUCCUUUUAGACAUAUUGCUAUUAUUAUGAAUAGGAACCAGAUCUAAAAGUUAUCCACCUGAAAAAAGAAAACCAUAGUGCUUUGAGCNUAUUUUUCCCAAUAAAUAGGAAACCUACGAUUAUCAAGCUUUCGUAUUUUUUUCCUAGUUUUUCACAUAUACUGAGAAUACGCUUGAGCAAAUCCAAAAUUGAUCUUUUUAAGGUAUCUCACUAAUGAACUUUCCUUUUAGAAAUAUUGCUAUUAUUAUAAGUUGGAACCAGAUCAAAAAGUUAUCCACCUGAAAAAAGAAAGCCAUAGUACUUUGAGCCAUUACCUACAUUUCUUACAUUUUCCAAUUUUCAUUUUGCAACUCUUAUUCGAUUUUUCUCAUUUAGUGAUACAUUGAUACAUAAUUCAAAAAAUCACCAUAACUAAACUGUACCCUACCCAUGUAUUUGUCGAUCAUUAAUAGAUAAUAUUUUGUAAAAAUAAGAACAUUGAUUACGUUGGGUUUUACAGUGAUGGAAGGUAUGGACAAUGUUUCCGGACACGCAGCCAGUCAAAAUAAUGACGAUAUUAAUAUAAUCGAUAUAUGUCUCAGUAGUGAAGGUAAGAAUGACAAUGAAAAAAUUAAUUUUAUCUGUACCAGUAGUGGUGAUAAUGUUAAUGAUUACACUGUUGCAAUAAAUUCCGAUACUGAAGAAUCCGAAGCUGAUGAUACUAUAAAAAUAAACAAGAAUUCGAACCUUCAAGAUGCAGAAGUUGAGCUAUUAAAACCAAAUUUAUUCUCAUAA